AUGUCUGGAGUUUGUUUACUGGCGUUCAUAGCCGGCUUACUGCUGGAGACGUACGGACUGCCCGUUGAAAUCAAAGAGGAAAACAAAGAAGCUGUGUUUGUGUCUCAGCAGACAGCAGACACGGUGCUGCGUCGCCUGCGCAGGUACAACAGCGGCCAUCUUGAAGAAAUGGUUCAGAAAGACAACCUGGAGCGGGAGUGUAAAGAAGAAACCUGCACGCUAGAGGAGGCCAGGGAGGUGUUUGAGGAUAAUGGCAAAGCUAUGGCAUUCUGGGCCGUCAACAUUGAUGGUGACCAGUGUAAGCCACCCCCCUGCCAAAAUGGAGGUGUGUGUGAAGACGGAAUCAGCGCGUAUGUCUGUUACUGCAAACCGAACUUCAGCGGCAAGAACUGUGAGAUCGAGGUGAGCAAGCAGUGUUCGGUCAACAACGGUGGAUGUUCCCAUUUCUGUGUGAUGAAGGCAAUGAUACCCGUGUGUAGAUGUGCAGCUGGUUACAGACUCGGGCCAGACAAGAGGAGCUGUGAACCAACAGAACAAUUCAGCUGCGGUCGUCUGAACACAUCCGCCUCCCCCGACACCAGGUCCCUAACCCCGCGGUCAUCAAAUUCCAGCUACACCCCAGAGGAUGACUUUGACGAGGAUAUUUCACAGCUUUAUGAAGACUACUACGAAAUCCCUACAGAGGAUUCGGACUCGUCCAACAUCUCCGUGGCAGUGAAAAACCGAUCAGUGAGGUCAGAUUCAAGCUCCUCUGUAAACCCAGCGGAGGCAAGCAGUGUCACUGAAGGGGAGAAAAAGCUGCUGCCUUCCUGGGCGUUCUUCCCCACACUCCCCACCAUCACAGCGCAGGACAACACUGACCAGAGGAUUGUGGGAGGCGAUGAUGCAAUUCCUGGAGAGAUACCUUGGCAGGUGGCCCUGAUGAAGAACCCGAUCGUCCCUCAAAGAGCAGAGGCUUUCUGUGGAGGAUCUCUGCUCAGUGAAUUAUGGGUUGCUACCGCUGCCCAUUGUCUGGAGCAAGUUGGUACUGCUGAACUAGGUUUCUUCAUCAGACUGGGUGAAUAUGACGUGAACCAGGAUGAGGGUCCAGAGCGAGACCAUGAGGUUGCUGAGCUGCUUAGACACCCCAUGUAUAAUACAAAGAAAUCUCAGUAUAACCAUGAUAUUGCACUACUGAAGCUUGCCAGUCCAGUGGAACUGUCCAACCAACGGCGUCCCAUCUGCCUGGGGCCCAAAGACUUUACAGAGACCAUAUUAAGGGACUCCAGCAGCUCUCUGGUGAGCGGCUGGGGAAAGCUGAACUUCGAUGGCAGAGUGUCUCCCAAGCUUAAGAAGCUGGAGGUCCCCUACGUGGACCGCACCGCGUGUAAACAGAGCAGCCAGGAACAGAUCACACGCUAUAUGUUCUGUUCUGGCUUCCGAAAUGAACGUAAGGAUGCAUGCCAGGGGGACAGUGGGGGGCCGCAUGCCACUUAUUACAAAGGCACUUGGUUCCUAACAGGUAUCAUCAGCUGGGGGGAGGAAUGUGCUCUGGACGGAAAGUAUGGCGUCUACACUCGCGUGUCACGUUACCACAAAUGGAUCAGUGAGACAACAGGGAUCCCAAUUAACAACGGACAAAUGUAA